AUGUUAACGUGGCUGUGUCUUCUGACUGUGGGAUCUGCCGUUGCCUAUUUUGUCCCGCUGAAUCCCGAAGAGCUGAGUGGAGACCCUGGAUACCAAUACCAAUUCCCCGAGCAAUUUUUGGAAGAGAAUUUGCAGGAAUUGCAACAAGAGGCUGAUCAAGGAGAAGGUCAUCUGUUUGAAGAUGAGCUGAGGAUCCCUGGCGAGAAACCCAGCUAUGUAAGUGUUUUUUGAAAUGAAAAUGUUUACUACGUAUGAAAAAAUAUUUUUCUGACAACAGCCGAGAGAUAUAUUUUUUGCCAUGAUAUGUGAUCGUCCGUGAAGAAAGAUGCCAUUUUCUGUUCUUUACAACCUAAAAUUACAGAAUGACACCUACUUGUGUUCGGCUUUCCGGCAAGACGCCCCCGGGUAUGUCGUCAAAUUUGAGGCUUUGGCCGAUCAGCACAUGAUCCAUCACAUUAUCCUCUUCGGAUGUGAGGCACCAGGAGUUCAAGUUCCUGUCCCGUCAUGGUAAGACUCCUAUACUUUACGUAGAUAAUAAUUGCUGGCGAAGUUUUACAUGAAGAUUCCAGGAACUGCGGUGAGAUGUCUCCAGUGGCGGACCCCGCAUAUCUGCAAGCACCCCCAUGUGCCAACAACCCCAACAUUGUCUAUGCCUGGGCGAAAGGAGCUCCCGAAUUGACAUUGCCUGAGGGUGUUGCGUUCCCCAUUGGACCUGGGACCAAGAACAGAUUCCUGGUGCUUCAAGUCCACUACAUGCAUACGAUGCAGAAGGAGGAUUACUCUGGCAUCAAGAUCCAAUACACGGAAAUCCCACAGCCUCGAACUGCGGCCACUUUGUUGACAGUUACUGGUGGAGAACUACAACCCAAGGCUAAGGGUAAGUCACACAAAGGGUCUAAAUCCUGUGUAAGGUACAUAAUUCAUACUAUAAACAGUGUGUUUUACUUUUACCUAACCAUUUCAGAGACCUUUGAGGCAGCUUGCGUAAUGAAUGAGCCCAUGGAGAUUCAUCCCUUCGCUUUCCGAGUCCAUACUCACAAAAGGGGAACCAAAGUAAGUGGAUGGACUGUGACCAAGGAUGAGAAGACUGGGGAAGACGAAUGGCAUCUGAUUGGGGAGAGAGAUCCUCAAAAGGAACAGUUGUUUGAGACUGUCAAGAAUACUUCCAUGGUCAUCAAACCCGGAGAUAUUAUUGCUAGUCGGUGUUACAUGGACAAUGAUGAAGAUAGGUCAGUAUAUCAAAUUCCACCACACACGUGUGUAUAAUCUCAUCAAUGACGGUUUACAACUUCAUUAUUUUCAGACUUAUCACCAUGGGCCCAACCGGUGCCGAUGAGAUGUGCAAUUUCUACAUGAUGUACUGGGUGGAGGGAGAGCAAACCCUCUCCGAGAACACCUGCUACAGCCCCGGCGCACCCGAAUACCGGUUCGCGAAGCAAACGGGCCUCACCAAUAUUCCAAAGUAA